AUUCAAUUAACUAUUGUGUUUAACUAGCCAGACCUCGAGGCAGGACUUCAGCUCGGUGAUCGCUACAGUAAAAUGUUUCUUCAGUGUUUUAUGUUCAGGAGCUGAGAGGAUGUCAGACAGACAAGUGACAAUGGAGCUCAGCCACAAUGGAGAACGCCAGUCUGCAGGUUCGAAGCAGGAGCAGCAGGGCGCUGUCGUCAGCUUCCAUAACAUCCACUACAAGGUGGAACAAGGAGGAGGCUGUCUGUGUCGGAAGAAAGUUACAACCAAAGACAUCCUCAUUGACCUCAAUGGGAUCAUGAAGCCGGGUCUGAACGCCAUCAUGGGAGCGUCAGGAAGUGGCAAGUCAUCGUUCCUGGAUGUUCUGGCAGCCAGGAAGGACCCUGCAGGCCUGUCGGGAGAAGUUUUGAUCGACGGAGCUCCUCAGCCUCCAAACUUCAAGUGUCUGUCUGGAUACGUGGUGCAGGACGACGUGCUGAUGGGAACCCUGACGGUCAGAGAGAACUUCACCUUCUCAGCGGCGCUUCGUCUCCCAGCGGCCGUCUCUCAGCAGGAGAAAGAGCAAAAAGUGAACAAACUGAUCCAGGAGCUGGGAUUGGGCCAAGUGGCCGACUCCAGGGUGGGCACCCAACUGUUUCGUGGGAUCUCCGGCGGCGAGAGGAAGAGGACGAGCAUCGGCAUGGAGCUGAUAAUUGACCCGCCUGUCCUUUUCCUGGACGAACCAACCACGGGCCUCGACGCCAGCACUGCCAACUCGGUGCUGCUGCUGCUCAAGAGGAUGGCAAACUACGGUCGCACCAUCAUCCUGUCCAUCCACCAGCCUCGAUACUCCAUCUACCGCCUGUUCGACAGCCUCACCUUGCUGGUCAACGGCAAACAGGUUUACCAUGGUCCAGCACAGAGAGCACUGGAGUAUUUCUCAGACAUUGGAUACACCUGCGAGCCCCACAACAACCCUGCUGACUUCUUUCUGGAUGUCAUUAAUGGACAAUCCGCCAUACCCCUCAGCAAAAUGGGGAGCGAAGAUUUAGAGUUUACUUCGAUACCCAGACAGGCAAUCGAGGAAAAACUCAUAGAGGAAUACAGAAACUGCCACGAUUUCAAAGAGACCAAAACAGAGCUGGAGAGGAUAGUUCAGGGUAAGCAGAUCACCACCACUCCUCCCUCCAGAACCAUCACCUACAACACCAACUUUCUGACCCAGUUUAGGUGGGUUCUCAAGAGAACUUUCCGCAACCUCCUGCUCAACCCUCAGACCUCCAUCGCUGAGAUAACAGUAACCUUGUUCCUCGCUGUGUUCGUAGGAGCCAUUUUCUUCAGCGUCAAAAAUGAUCAAAGUGGAAUACAGAACAGGUCUGGCGUUCUCUUCUUCAUCUCUAUGAAUCAGUGUUACAGAUCUCUGUCAUCUGCUGACCUCUUCAUCUCAGAGAGAAAACUCUUCAUUCACGAGUAUAUUAGCGGUUACUACAGACUGUCUGUGUACUUCCUGUCUAAGAUCCUGUUGGACAUCUUAAUGAUGAGGACCAUCCCCGCCAUCAUCUACAGCUGUGUAUCAUAUUUCAUGAUUGGCCUAAAGCCGACAGUUGAAGCCUUCUUCCUCUUCAUGUUAGCUGUGGCUCUGGUCGCCUACACGGCCACCUCCAUGACUAUAGCCAUCUCAGCCGACCAGACAGUGGUGGCCAUCGCCAACAUUUUUACGACCAUCUGCUUUGUCUUCAUGAUGAUCUUUGCAGGUUUGCUUGUGAAUCUUCCCUCCAUCGUCAGCUGGCUUGCUUGGUUAAAAUACUUCAGUAUACCAGGAUAUGGCCUCACUGCUCUGCAGAUUAACGAGUUUCGUGGGCUGGAGUUCUGUAAAAAGGUUAACAACAGCAUCACUCCAGGAGGACUCGCCUGUACCGGGGAGGAGGUUCUGGACAGGCAGGGCGUGGAUUACUCUACAUGGGGCUUCUGGCAGAACUACGUAGCUCUGGCCAUCAUGAACGUCUGCUUCCUCAUCAUCGCCUUUUUUAAACUACGCUUCAUCAAGAAGUUCACCUAGACCUUCACUGCUAUUUUGUCAGUGGAUCCUCCAGAUCUCUAAUAAUGAUGAUUUGUUAAAUAAUGAGAAUAAUUUAUGGCAAAGGUAAUAAUAAUUUAUGCAGUCCAUACUAACCCUAGAGUACUCAACUAGUAUUUCUUCUGUAUAUCUUUUUUUUUUUUUUUUGCAAAGCUCAGACCAAAACUUCAGUUCGAGAAGAACAUAGACAUAAAAAGAUAAUGGGCAGAGGAUCAUAAAGACAAACACAUGCACACACAAGAUUAAAGCGUUACAGUCAGACUGUAAAGUAGGUGUGUGUAUGUAAGCAGACACUCACUUCCAUAGCAACCGUGGCUAUAAACAGUGCUAGCGUGCAUGCAUGUGUGUGUGAUGUUACGAAAUCUCUAGUUCCAGUUGGGUAACAUCAGUAAUGACUGGAAGGAUAGAGGUAGAGAGGUAGACACACACCUUUGUGUCAGGGAAAAUCUAAUUGAGUAACUGUUUCCAUGAACUGUUUAAUGUGCCCUCGAGCAAGGCAGCGGCAAAACAGAUUUAACUCCCCAAACCAAACCAAAUGUUGGACUUUUCCAAACUAAUCUUAUCCUGACAACAGACUGAAUCUGAGACAAAAUGUCAUAUCAAAUUAAUCUUAGAGCUUUAAUGCUUCACUUAACUCUGCUGGAAUGAAUUACGUGAGACAUUAAAAGGGAUUAAAAACCUGGAGGGGAAACCCCGGGUGGAAAAAGUGUAGUCUCUCCACAUAACAACUGAAGUCAAGGUGACCUGUCGGGCUUACCGGCUUUAUUUAAACUCCACACAGCAAGAAAAACAAUUGGCUGAGUCUUAUUCAUUUAAUAAUAAUAUUGUGUUUUUUCUUAUCUAACAUAUUACUUCUCUUCAGCUUCAGUCUUUUAGCACAGUUUCAUGUAUGGUGGCUGUCAGGGGCACAUUAAAGCACCAUUUUCAACCAACUGAUUGAGCUAGGAGCGACUUUUGGGGUAUACCUCAAAUCAAGGUAUCAUCAUUUCAAAAAUAUGCCAUGGAAGAUACAAGAAUGUUGGAAAGUCAUUUGCUGGUAUGCAGAACAGCAGAGAUGUAAACACAGCAUGUUGGUGUGGAACAGGGCGUUGCUGGUGGCUGAUGUUGUUGUAAACCUUCCCUGAUUUAAUAAAGUUUAAAAAAGCA